AUGUCUUCGAUGCAUUCCGACGACGACCAGGAGGAGAUCAAUGUGGACUCUGACAGCAGGCUCUCAGGCCGCUGCGACAGGAGCGUCUCAGAAGACCGGGACUCCGAGCACAGCUACCGCUACCACUCGCCCACCAGCGUGCCCGACACGCAGCAGCGGGUCAACCUGCCGUUCAGCAUAUCGCGGCUGCUGGGGAAGCACUUCGACGUGGAGAAGCGCCGCAACUCGGGCGAGAGCGACGAGAGGAGCGACCAGGACACCGAAUCGGAGAGUGCGAACGAGCCGAAAGACGGCACCGGCCUGCCGCUGAACUUCACCCACAACCCGGCUUUGUACCCCAACUCGGGGUUACUGCUGAGGCCAGGGCUGGGCUUGGGAGGCGGGUACGGCUUCUCCAGCCCUGGGGUCGUGAGGGUGCCAGCGCAUAGAGCGUUGGGGGCGCUGGGCGCUUGGGGUGUGGCGCUGGACCCCAUGAGGCAGGCGGCCGCCGCGGCGUUCGCGCAUCAGGUGGUCAAGGAUCGACUGAACGGAACGUGCUUCUCUUGGGAGGACUAUGUUCAGCAGUGGACUGAAACGGGC